AUGCCAUUGAAAGAGGAGAGUGACAUGCUGACUGAUAUGGAAGAGAAAGAUCAAUAUGAUAAACAUCAUGAUUUCAUAACUGGAGAUGAAUCUUUUAGUUGCUCACAGACUGAAAAUACGUCCUCACGAAAGAUAGCUCAAAAGAUAGGAACAAGUUAUUUUGCCUGCUUUCAGUGUGGAAAGAGUUUCAGUCAACAUGAAAACCUUCAGAAAGGAAGCCUUAACAGGCACAUGAGAAUUCACAUUGGAGAGAAGCCUUACACAUGCCCUCAGUGUGGAAAGAGUUUUGAUCAAUAUGGGAAUCUUAAAGUCCACAUGAGAGUUCACACUGGAGAGAGCCCUUUCACCUGUCAACAGUGUGGAAAAAGUUUCAGCCGAAAAGGAAACCUUAAUUAUCACAUGAGAGUUCACACUGGUGAGAGCCCUUUCACCUGCCAACAGUGUGGAAUAAGUUUCACUGUAAAAGGAAGCCUUACCAGGCACAUGAGAAUUCACACUGGAGAGAAGCCUUACACAUGCCCUCAAUGUGGAGAGAGUUUCGAACAACAUGGAAACCUUAAGGUCCACAUGAGAAUUCACACUGGAGAAAAGCCUUACACAUGCCCUCAGUGUGAAAAGAGUUUUGAUCAACAUUGGAACCUUAAAGUCCACAUGAGAGUUCACACUGGAGAGAAGCCUUACAAAUGCACUCAGUGUGGAAAGAGUUUCGAUCGACAUGGAAACUUUAAAGCCCAUGUGAGGGUUCACACUGGAGAGAAGCCUUACAAAUGCACUCAGUGUGGUAAGAGUUUCACUCAAAAAGGACACCUUGAAGUCCACAUGAGAAUUCACACUGGAGAGAAGCCUUUCACCUGCCAACAAUGUGGAAAAAGUUUCAGCCGAAAAGAAAUCCUUGACAAGCACAUGACAAUUCACACUGGAGAGGAUGAGUUUAGAUCCACAUGGACAUCUUAAAGCCACAUAAAAAUUCACACUGGAGAGAAACAUUUAUAUUUGGUCAGUGUGGGAAGAGUUUACGAUAUAAUCGUAAACCAAUGCCAUGAAGUUAGCAUUUUUAAACAUCCGCAAACUAAAAAAUAAAUCAUUUCUGAUCAAUGACUUAAUCACCACAAACAACUUGG